AUGAGUACCGAAACCAUCCUCAUACUCGGCGGAUCAUUCGCAGGCAUCAGCGCCGCCCACUUCUUGCUCAGGCACGUCGUACCUCAGCUGCCUAAGAAUGAUGGUGUCACUUACAAUGUCACCAUGGUCAAUCCGUCGAAGGAUCUUUGGUGGCGCUUUGCUUCACCCCGCGAAGCUGUCUCGAAGCAGAUGAUGCCUUCGGAUAAGACUUUCUACCCAAUCGAGCCUGCAUUCGCGUAUGCCUCUUCCAAGUUCAAGUUCAUUCAAGGCAUGGCGACACAUGUGGAUGCUGCUGGGCAGAUUGUGUCUGUUGAGACUGCAUCCGGCGAGCAGCAAUCGAUUCCCUAUGCAGCUCUCGUAAUUGCAACCGGAUUCACAACACCGAGUCCGCUAUUCACACAGGCUACUGAUCGCGAAGCCCUUGAGAAGGUACAUGCCGCUUUUCAGGAGGGUCUCAAGACGGCUAAGGAUGUAAUCAUUGGCGGAGGCGGACCAGUCGGUGUCGAGACAGCAGGAGAGAUUGCAGAGAUGCUCAAUGGCAAGCCAGGCUUCAUGGCGUCUGCGCCCAAGAACCCCAAAGCACAAAUCAGAGUCUUUGUCGCCGACAGGCAGCUCUUGCCUCUUCUCCGACCUGCCAUCGGACAGACGGCCGAGCAAUUCCUGAAGCGACUUGGGUGUAACGUCACAUAUGACGUAAGGGUCAUUGGAUCAUCUAAGAUGAGUGAAGAGGAAGGCGGAAAGACCAGGGUGGAUCUCUCCAACGGAGAGAUACUCGAGACCGACAUAUACAUUGACGCGACCGGUACCCGACCCAACACUGGCUUUCUCCCCAAAGAAUGGCUCGACAGCCGCAAUCGUGUGGCCUGCAAUGCGAAGACUCUCCGCCUCGAACAUGAAUCUGCCCGCGUCUACGUGGUCGGCGACGUAGGCUCGUAUACCCGGGGAGGUGUCAUGGACAUGUACGACGCGAUACCUGUAGCCAUGACGAACCUCAAAAACGAUCUGCUGGCCCACUUAACCGGCGAGCCACACAAGGGCGACCGCCACUACGCUGCGAACAUGAAGGAACAGCAAGUUGUCCCCAUUGGUACGCAGAAAGGUGUUGGCGCGUUCAAUGGGUUCCGAUUGCCUAGCCAGAUGGUGUGGUUCAUCAAGGGCCGGGACUAUAUGAUUUCGCAACUUGCGCAGGCUACCUUGAGGGGCGAUCAGUUCAAGAAGGAGGGCAAGUGGACACCUGUUCAGGAGACAGGCAAAGCCGGACUAAGCGCUGCUUAA